AAAGGAAAACCGUGAAGCGAAGUGGCGAGACUGGGGGAGGGCCCACCGCCUGACAGAUGUUGCCCCUGCGCGGCUGCCACCGCUGCCUCGUCUGCCUGCGCGGGCGCGGCCUCACCACCGCCUCCUCUCCUCCCCUUCUUCCCACCUCCAUGGCGGCGCCGCCCCACUCCCUCCCCGGCAGCAAGACCCUCCUCCGCUCCAACCCCUCUCCUCCCUCCUCUUCCGCUGGAUCGGUGCCCAAGAGGUCCAGGACGAUGGCCACGGACGCGGCGGCGGCGGCGCAUUCGGCCUCGGUGGGGUGCUCUGCGAUGAAGGCGGAGUUCGCUAGGCACGCCGAGUACCUCAACACUCUGAAUGACAAAAGGGAGAGGCUUGUGAAAGCAAGUCGGGAUGUGACAAUGAACAGCAAAAAGGUCAUCUUUCAGGUCCACAGGAUCAGUAAGAGUAACAAGGAAGAGAUUCUUUCGAAAGCAGAAAAUGAUCUCGCUGUUGUGGUUAACCAGUACAUUGGAAAGUUAGUAAAAGAACUGCAAGGGACUGACUUCUGGAAGCUCAGAAGGGCCUAUACCUUUGGUGUACAAGAAUAUGUUGAAGCUGCAACAUUCUGUAGAUUUUGCAAGACUGGCACUUUAUUAAGUCUUGCUGAAAUCAAUGAUUCUUUGCUAGAGCUGGGUGAUAAAUCUGUUGAGCCCUUACAGAUAAAUGUACUUGACUAUCUUUUAGGGGUUGCCGAUCUGUCAGGCGAGCUAAUGAGGCUUGCAAUUGGCCGUAUAUCUGAUGGAGAGAUUGAAUAUGCCAAAAGCAUCUGUGCAUUUGUACGUGAUAUAUACAGGGAGCUUACCCUUGUGGUGCCUCUAAUGGAUGACAAUAGUGAGAUGAAGAAGAAAAUGGAGACUAUGUUGCAGAGCGUAGUAAAAAUUGAGAAUGCUUGCUUCAGUGUUCAUGUGAGAGGAUCAGAGUACAUCCCUCUGCUUGGCUCAUCAGACAAUCCAGAUUACUCCUUUUUUGGUGCCUCAGACUAUGACCAAUGAAGCUUUUGAGGCUAGAUCCCCAAACUGACAUGUUAGACGAACUACUGUUCUUAGCUUCCAGCCUUUUCACCGUUUGAAAUCGUUGCUGGUGACUGGUGUACCCCAGCAUGUAACGUGUUAAAUGAAGCUUGGAACACUGCUACUCUGCCUGCCUGGAUUAGUUUUUGGUUAUCUGCACUCCAAUGGUUUCUUAUGGAGUAUCCAAUAUCUCUACUGUUAUUUUUUACCGUCUUGGAAUCAACUCAUUCCCAAUGAUCUAUUCACCUCUAUUUCACCAUAUACUUGUCCGAUAACUCCGUUUUCACAUCUUAAGCGGAUUGUGAUAAUUGUUAUUGUUUAUCCACUUCUUAUUGUUGUUUAAGCAAUGACCAGCAGUGAAUCAUCUCAAAAGCCCAGUUCUUCAGCUCCCUCCGCUUUGUAUCUCCUGAUGCAACAUUUCAUAAUAAGAUAUGUUCAACACUUAUUUACUUGAUCCUAAC